AAAUAAAUUAAAAUUAAUUAAAAUAGAUAAAAAACUAUGGCUUCUUGUCCUUUUAGAAGGACAACUUCGAACACUUCAAGUGCCGGGUUAAAAAGAUCAUUGACGACGCGACAAUCUUCGAUACAAAUACCACCUGGGGAUGAUGUCGACGAGGAGGACAAGAAGAAUACAUUAAAUCUCAAGACAUUGAGUUCUGCAAUUGGUGUGCUGACAUCUCCACCGAAUGAUUACCUUCAACAGGCGGUGACAUCUUUACUGGAGCGUGAAAUCGAGCCAACACCGGCCAUUUUAACCUGUCUAUCUCAGCUACCAGAAGACGUUAACGAUUGCAAUAACUAUGCGUAUUUAGAAGAUUUAUGUGAUGUCGUUGUUGAUGACCCAGAAAUCGAUGAGAUGGAAUUUUUGGAUAAACUGGGUCAAGAGUUGAUACGAAUUUGUUGUUCGGGAACAUACGAGAAAGCUUUCCGAAGCCUCGGGGGUAACCUGAAGGAAUUUCUCAUCACGUUGGACGGUUUGUGCGAGGUUCUACAACAUCAGCAAUCACCCUCGGGGGAAGACGAUGACGAAGAGGAGCGCGAGGCCGUGUUUGUGUGUACCGUCAACGACGGUUACCUUCAAUUAGAUUUUACUACCGAGAGGACGCCCGUUGCUUAUUUGCUCGUAGGCAGUUUGAAAGCUAUAGCCCGAAUCCUCUAUCAAACCGAUGCUAAAAUUACGGUUACAAGAAGUUCAAACGAUUUUCGAUAUUUCAGAUACACAAUCAGACCUUUAACACCUUUAAUUUCUGAUAAAAGCCUAUCUUGUUGGAGUUUGUCAUCGAUUACAUCAACUCCUGGUGAUUUACGCAUGGGAGUUCCAACAUUUUGCAAAGCAUUCCCUUGGCAUUUCGUAAUUGAUCGAAGAUUGGAGUUGGUUCAACUUGGAUCGGGAUUCAUGAGGGUAUUCGGCUGUUUGUUAAAAAGUUGCGGAACAGGAAUGGCGACUUAUUUCGAAUUUUUACGUCCGAAAAGUAUUACUUUGUCGUUUAACGAAAUCGUAAAACGAGCAAACACUCCUUUCGUCUUGAUAAUUAAGAAGUUGUCCGAGGUUGACGCUUUUCCAGCGGAGGGUUUAAAAUUAAAAGGACAGAUGGUCUAUUGUCCCGAAUCGGAUUCUGUGUUGUUUAUCGGAUCGCCUUUUAUCGACGGACUGGAAGGGCUCACCGGAAGUGGUCUCUUUAUAUCUGAUAUUCCGCUUCACGAUGCCACUAGGGAUGUUAUUUUGGUCGGCGAACAAGCUCGGGCACAAGAUGGUUUGAGAAGGAGAAUGGAUAAAUUAAAAAGUUCUAUAGAAGAAGGUAAUCGAGCGGUCGAUAAGGAAAGAGAAAAAAACGUCAGUUUGUUGCACUUAAUUUUUCCACCAGAUAUUGCCAAAAGAUUAUGGCUGGGUGAAACCAUAGAAGCUAAAACUCACGAAAAUGUAACAAUGCUGUUUAGUGAUAUAGUAGGAUUUACUUCAAUUUGUGCAACAGCGACUCCAAUGAUGGUUAUCAACAUGUUACAAAAUUUAUAUAAUAAAUUCGAUGCGUAUUGUGGACAGUUAGAUGUUUAUAAGGUUGAAACAAUUGGUGACGCUUACUGUGUGGCUGGUGGUUUACACAAAGAAACCACUACCCAUGCCGAACAAAUUGCAUGGAUGGCACUCAAAAUGAUAGAUACAUGUGCCAGACAUCAAACGCAUCAAGGAGAACCAAUCAAGAUGAGAAUUGGGCUUCAUACAGCUUCAGUUUUAGCUGGGGUUGUAGGUGUAAAGAUGCCCAGAUAUUGUAUGUUUGGUCAUAAUGUAACAAUAGCGAAUAAAUUCGAAUCAGGAAGUGAACCUUUAAGAAUAAAUAUAAGUCCAACUACUUAUAAUCUUUUAAAAGGAGAUGGAGGUUUCUCUUUUGAAGAACGUGGAAGGGAAUUCCUUCCAAAAGAUUUUCCUAGUUCCAUCCCCGGAAGUUGUUACUUUUUAACGGGUUAUAAACAUCCAAACUUACCAGAAAAUGCUUCUUUGACUGACUCCGUCGAUGCGGCAUGUAAAGAUAUCGGUCUUUCCGAUUGUUAGUAAAAAUUGAAUUACAAAAGGAAUAAUAUAUAAAAGAAACGACGACGAUUCUAGCAAUAUUUUUUACAUUUUAAGAAGCAAUUGAACACUCAGCUUAUGAAAAAACGUAAUGAAACGGAACAACACUGCUUUUUACUCUGUAUUAUAGCGAAAGAAAAUACUCACAAAAAGAAAUAAAAUUCAAACGCAUUUCAAAAUACAUCUUCAAACUAAUAAAAAUAAAUCAAAAAUCUUAUAAAAUUCAAUACCAGUUCUAAUACACCUAAAAAAUACCAUAUUAUAUUGACAAUCAUACGAUUUUUCACAUUUUUUUUUUCGAAAAGGUUUCCUAACUACAUUCAAACUCAUAAAUGUAAAACUAAAAGCAUAACUUGAUCAAUGUAAAAUGUACAUAUUACUUUUUAAGUGUAAACCGUAUAAAGAAUCUGUUUAUUGAAUCUAAAACCCAAGCACGCUGUCUCAAAUAAAAGAAUAUAAAAAGCUUUAUGUAAAAAAAUAUAUAUACACAAA